AUGAAGAGUGUGGGCUCCCUACGGGGUUUAUUGUGCAGCCCCUUGGUGCUGGUGUGUGCUGGUCAUGAGUCCUUCAGACCUCCUGCAGUGAAAAAUUAUAGAAGAAAUCAGUCUGAAACUUUAUCUGAGCUGACUUCAAGGAACAAAAAUGGGAGCUGGGGACUGAAGGCCAAGCAGAGCAUUAUCCACUCAAGGUCCAAGUCAGGUGACAGGUCAUGGCGGUUCUCCUUGAUGUCACAGAGGUCUGGUCUCAGUGACUCCUCAAUGUCCACGCAUUACACCUGGAUGGACUCUGUCCUUCAUAGGAACCCUCAGGACACACCUGUUCACCUUGGUCCUUUGGUGACUGAUGAUGAUUUUGAGAAGAAGAUCCACAUGAAUGAGGAUGGCAGCCUGUCUGUGGAGAUGAAAGUCCAUUUCCACAUGCUCAGUGAAGACACACUUCUGUGGUCCAAGAGGGUCAUUAGAGCCAGCACCCUCACAACAGCCAGUGGAAGGUGCCCUUCACCAAGGGAGGUGGACCCCCUACAUUGUGUGUGUGAGGACAUCCCUGGGUGCUUCUCAGAGCCUGGGACACUGGGAUUGAGGCCCUGUGCAUCAGGAGGUAACACAAGCAGUGGGGAAACCAUGACUUCACAGAAGGAGCACACCCAGGAAGGCAGCUCCAAUUGCCCUGCUUUGAGUUCCUCGCCUUUGAGGAAUGGAGAUCUACAGGCAGAGGCAAAUGGACAGGACACUGGGAGCCACAAGGCCAGGGGUAGAUCUGUGAUGAGGCUACCUGUGUCUUUGGGCCAUUCUGGCUCAUGGGAUGCUGAAGGGAACUCUCCCCCACUCUUCUCCUGUGCCUCAGCCCAGAGGAGGAGGAGAAAACAGAAGAGCCAAGUUAGCACCACAUCCCUGCCUAUCACUCCAGGUUUUAACAGUGCUGACCAGAGAAAAUGCCACAGGAAGCACCACUACCAAAGAGACAUCCACUCCCCACUGGACUCCAAUGUCAGAAAACAGACCUCCAAGGACCCAGGAUUUCCCUCUUCUGGAUCGCUUCAUUCCCAGUACCCACCAGCGGUCAGCAGUGCCACCAUUACACCUGUUAGUCAUUCAGAUCCACAAAAAACUGGCUGUGCUGCUCAUUUCUACCACCCACACUUCACCUCUGCUGAGACUGAAGGGAACCCUGAGCUUGGGGUAAGCUCACCAGCCCCCACAGCUUCCAAUAUAUCAGACUCUUUCAGCUCUCAAGUUAGUGUUGAUCACGUAGGUGCCAAAUGGAAAAGAGUCAGAGAGAUCAGAGGGAUGUCACAGGAAAAGACUUCUAGAGAAGGGGAAAUCCUUGAGGAGCAAGAGGAAAAUGGUGGCAUGAUGCCUAAUGCUCUGCCCCACAUGUCCCCAGAAGCUGUCAUCUGUGAAUGGCUAAGUCACAUCUCAGAAGAGCCCAUACUCAUGAAAUAUGAGAUGAUGAAUGCCAGCCCAAAUGUGGCUGGGAGUGGCCCAGAAGGUACCCAAGAGGACCUUGUUGACAACCAUUCUUUGGAAAGUCUUAGGGAGCUAGCUCAAGCUAUAGAACCAACCCUAGAAGGGGACAUCAGUGAGAGACCAGAACUAGAUGGAGCCCCAGUGACUGAUGACGCUAGUCUCAAACUGGAAGAGGCUUUUUCUCAAAGACGAGCUUCUGGGCGUGUUUCAGGUGCAGGUAAGGAGGUUAGAGCCAGCAAUCGAAUCACUGUGGGCCAUGCUGUGAGUAAAGGUGUCCUGCUCAGCAGGAUUCCUGCCUGCAGACAGAUCAGGAGAGCAGUGAUCAGCCCAACACAGGGCCAGCCCAGCAGCCUGACUGAAGUAUCUGAUGUGGUGGGGAGGAGGCUCAGUCACUCUGCCCGUGUCCUUGUCACUUGUCUCACCAGACUUCAUUUCUUUAAUGAAGAUCUUGGGUCUUCUGUCAGCAAAGUGAAGUUCACAGACUCCCCUCGGUUCCAGGAGCUUCUGGCCACUUUCCAGUCCCUGUGGCCACAGUGUAGGGAACUAGACUCGAGUCUUCAGGAGUUUAGAACUCUCCAGGCUCUACCUGUGACUGAGGACUUUACUCCAACGUCCUCCUCAGGAGUGGAUGUCAGCAGUGGUUCAGGAGGUUCUGGGGAGGGCAGAGGGACUUGUCUUGUAGACUCUACUAUAACCCCUGAGAGGGUGGAACUGCCCUUGAAAAUGGUGACGAACAUCAUCUCCUCUCAGAGACCUACCUCUAAUAUGUCAGAGCUGAGAAACCAACCAGCAGACCUGAAAAACCAACCUCUGAACUCUCUCCAAGCUUCCUCAAAUUUCCGAGCUUGGCCUUGUACCACAAGCCAAGAUGAAGCAGAAGACAGUAAGGAACAGAUGUUAAGCAAUUGCUUAGAACAAUUAGUUGAAAACAUUAUGCAAGAAGAAGGAGUGCCAGCAGAAAAAAUAGAGCAAGAAAUAGAAAAAGAAGAAAUGCAAGAAGACAGUAGUAAAGAGGAAGAGUUUCCAGAAGAGGAAAGAGUCAAUGAACAGGAAUUGUCAGAGAAUGGGGAGAAAACCAGAUCCAUGGAUCUGGAUCCUGACCCCAUUGGGGUGUUUAAGUUGCUGAAGAAGAUGGCAAAGGCCUUCAUGACCCACUUUGCUAGUGCAAUGGCUGCAAUCCGUACCCGCUGGGGUCUGCAGAAUAACGAUCUGCUAGACAAGAUGGUAGCAGAGCUGGAGCAGGACCUGGCUUGGCACCUGCAAGACAGUAUAACAAAAGAGAUGGAGAAGAUUCAGAACAGACCAGGGAAGAAGGUGCCCAGGCCACCCUGUGAAGCACUAAGGUGGAAGACAUCUUUGCAGACACAGCAGCGGAGGCGCCGUCUUCAGGGCCUGCGUAACCUCUCUGCCUUCAGAGAGUCAACUGGAGCCCAUGGGCUCGUCUCCCUCACCCUGGAGGAUAAGCCAUCCUUCAGUGGUACCACAGGGAUUCAGCUGGGUGAGAAUGCUGAGGGAGAGGAAUUCUGCCCCUGUGAGGCCUGUGUGAGAAAGAAAAUGAUCCCCAUACCAUUGAGUGACACAAGAGGAACAGGCAACACACCCAUCAAAAAGGCCUUUGACCUGCAACAGAUUUUGCAGACAAGGAAGGAAGGACAUACUAAUGAGGAGGCAGCAUGUGGUGCUCCUGACAAGUGGGGAAUGGGGCUUCUUCAGGAGGCCUGCUGGAGGACUGGAACUGUCCAGGAAAGUAAUGAAGUGUUGGAGACUGAGUUAGUCCCUGGUUCUGGGGCAGAUGAGGGGGGUGAGGAUGAAGGGAGCCAGAAGCUCAGCCGAGGUGAAGAUCCCAAACUAGGGGAAACAGAGGGGGCUAGUUACCACGGGAGAGAUGAAGACCCAACUGCUCAGAGGACAGAUAGGAAAACAGAUACGAGUGUUGACAGUGACCUAGAGAAAGAAGAAUGGGCAGUGCAUGGUGUGAAUGAGAAGGAAGAAAGCAUGAAACAAAGCUCUGGGAAUGAGGCCCAUUUGAAGGGCUUAGCUUCAGGAAGAAGUGACCUAGGUCCAGAAGGAGAAGGUGAUAGUGCAGAAGCUACUAAGAAGGUCCAGGACACUGAAGAAGAGGGACAGACAGGUAAGAAAGAAGAUAGCCUUACACUGAAGAAAGGAGAGAGCCAGUUGAGUGAGUCCUCUGAAAACAAAAGUCCAGACCAAGAGCAGAGGUCUACACCACCCUCAACCCCAGGUGGAAACACUUCCCACCAAAGGUCAGCCCCGCAAACCGACAUCUCUUCUAGCAUAUCAUCUCUAGGAAACUGCUCCCAGGUCUCGCAGAAAGGCUCCAAAGAAGAGCACUCCACUGGAGAAACAGGAAGCAUUGCAGAUGAACCCAAGGGAGUCACUCAUCCAGAGAGAAAAGUCACUGGGAUGGACUCAGAAAGCUCUACUUCUGAGCAAGAAGGAGCCCCUUUGGGCCCAAGCACUCCAGGUCAAGUGGCAGAUGAAAACCUUGACUUAGAAGACAGAAAGAUAGUUAGAAGCCUCACCUUUACCAAGGUGGUGGACAAGACAGAUGAAUUUCACAGAGAUGAUUUAGAUUGCUAG